CGCUCGGAGCGCGCGGACGCACGCACGCCGGUCCGUCUGCCCGGAGGUCGGCCCGCCCGGCGCUGAGCCGCGGGGCUCGGGACCCGGCCAGGCGGGGCGGCGGCGCGGGGCCGGAGCCGUUACCCGCCGGCGCUGCGAGGGAGGGCGGGCGCGCGCGCGAGCGAGCGGCGGGGCCGGGAGGGGGCCGCCCCCGCGCACGCGCGCCGGGCCCUGCGCGGGAGGAGGGAGCGGGAGGGGGCGGCGCCGAGGCCCCCGCGCCGCGCGCCCCGUGACGGCCCCCGCGCGCGCCGGGGGGCGGGGCAGGCGGGGCCGGCGCGCUGACCUCCCCCGCCCCUGGGGCGGCGGGCGGCCGGCGGCGCUGUGCGCAGGCGCGCUCGGCGGAGACCCCCGCGUGGGGCCGCCGGAGGGGGGCGGCGGGGGGGGCAUGCGGCGACGGCCUCCCGCUCCCCCCGGGCCCGAGCGGCGGCGGCGGCGGCGGCCGAGGAGCCGGCUGCGGGCGGAGCGGCGGCCGCUGAGGAGGUGCGCGCCCCUGACGGGCCCCCUCGCGCCGGACCAUGUAUUCGGCCCACAGGCCCGUGAUGCCCGCGUCCGGCGCGGCUUCGCGUGGUCUCGGCAUGUUCGUGUGGACGAAUGUGGAACCUCGCUCUGUGGCCGUGUUUCCCUGGCACUCCUUAGUACCCUUCCUGGCACCCAGCCAGCCUGACCCCUCUGUGCAGCCAAGUGAGGCCCAGCAACCUGCCAGCCACCCGGUAGCUUCCAGCCAGAGCAAAGAACCUGCUGAGUCGGCAGCUGUUGCUCACGAGCAGCCACCAGGUGGGACAGGAAAUGCUGACCCUGGGCGGCCCCCUGGAGCCACGUGCCCUGAGAGUCCAGGGCCUGGACCCCUGCACACUUUGGGGGUGGUGGAACCCGGCAAGGGUCCCCCUCCUACCACUGAGGAGGAGACCUCUGUGCCCCCUGGAGAGCCUCGGCUGGACAGCGAGACGGAAAGCGACCAUGAUGAUGCCUUCCUCUCCAUCAUGUCUCCUGAGAUCCAGUUGCCUCUGCCACCCGGCAAACGCCGGACCCAGUCACUCAGCGCUCUGCCCAAGGAGCGGGACUCAUCCUCUGAGAAGGAUGGACGGAGCCCCAAUAAGCGAGAGAAGGACCACAUCCGGCGGCCCAUGAACGCCUUCAUGAUCUUCAGCAAACGGCACCGGGCCCUGGUCCACCAGCGCCACCCGAACCAGGACAACCGGACCGUCAGCAAGAUCCUUGGCGAGUGGUGGUACGCCCUGGGGCCCAAGGAGAAGCAGAAGUACCAUGAUCUGGCCUUCCAGGUGAAGGAAGCCCACUUCAAGGCCCACCCAGAUUGGAAGUGGUGCAACAAGGACCGAAAGAAGUCCAGCUCGGAGGCCAAGCCCACGAGUCUGGGGCUGGCAGGAGGGCACAAGGAGACGCGGGAGCGGAGCAUGUCGGAGACGGGCACUGCCGCUGCCCCCGGGGUGUCAUCUGAACUGCUGUCUGUCGCAGCCCAGACGCUCCUGAGCUCGGACACCAAGGCUUCAGGCAACAGCUCUUGUGGGCCGGACCGUCUGCACACUGUUGGGGGGUCUGGCUCGGCCCGGCCCCGAGCCUUCUCCCACAGUGGGGUGCAUGGCCUAGACGGCGGGGAAGACAGUCAGGCGCUGCAGGAGCUGACUCAGAUGGUGUCUGGCCCUACAUCAUACUCUGGCCCAAAGCCUUCCACUCAGUAUGGCGCUCCAGGCUCCUUCACAGCCCCUGGGGAAGCAGGGGCCUUGGCAGCCAGUGGACGGCCUCCACUACUGCCCACCCGAACCUCGCGUUCCCAGCGUGCGGCCAGUGAGGACAUGACCAGUGAUGAGGAGCGCAUGGUCAUCUGUGAAGAGGAAGGGGAUGAUGAUGUCAUUGCUGAUGAUGGCUUCAGCACCACUGACAUUGAUCUCAAGUGCAAGGAGCGGGUGACCGACAGUGAGAGUGGAGACAGCUCUGGGGAAGACCCAGAUGGCAACAAGAGCUUUGGUCGGAAGGUGUUCUCGCCUGUGAUCCGCUCCUCCUUUACCCACUGCCGCCCCACGCUGGACCCUGAGCCCCCCGGGCCCCCAGAUCCACCCACCGCCUUCAGCAAAGGCUACUGUCCCGCCCCAUCCUCUUCCUCGGCUGCCUCAUCAACCUCAGCAGCUGCAUCCUAUUCUCUGGGCUCAGGAACCUUCAAAGCGCAGGAGCCGGGUCAGGGCAGUGCGGCAGGCCCACUCCGGCCUCCACCCCCUGGGACUGGGGGCCCAUCGACUCCUUCCAAGGCUGCCCGAUUCCUCCCAGCGGAUCCUGCCCCCUUCCGGAGAAAGAGACCUGAGAGUGUAGGGGGCCUGGAGCCACCAGGUCCCUCAGUCAUUGCAGCGCCUCCCAGUGGAGGAGGGAGCAUUCUGCAGACCCUGGCCCUGCCCCCCGGCAAGGAAGAGCGGGAAGGCAGUGGAGCCCGAGUACCCUCAGCCCCAGCCCCCUCAUUAGGUUAUGGGGCCCCAGCAGCCCCUCUGUCCCGUCCUGCUGCCACCAUGGUCACCAACGUGGUGCGGCCGGUCAGUAGCACUCCUGUGCCCAUUGCUUCUAAGCCCUUCCCCACCUCUGGCCGGGCUGAGACAUCUCCAGCUGACACGGCAGGUACCAGGACUGAAAUGAGCACCGGGUCCAGGGUGCCUGGAGGCUCCCCGCUGGGGGUCAGUUUAGUGUAUUCAGACAAAAAGGCAGCGGCAGCCACCUCACCAGCCCCACACUUGGUGGCUGGACCCCUACUGGGCACUGUGGGGAAGGCACCUGCCACUGUUACCAACCUGUUGGUGGGCACCCCGGGCUAUGGGGCCCCUGCACCCCCAGCUGUUCAGUUCAUUGCCCAGGGGACCCCUGGUGGUGGGACCACUGCAGGCUCAGGAGCAGGUGCUGGGAGUGGCCCUAAUGGGCCAGUUCCCCUGGGCAUCCUGCAACCAGGUGCCCUGGGCAAGGCUGGGGGCAUCACCCAGGUGCAGUACAUCCUGCCCACGCUGCCCCAGCAGCUUCAAGUGGCACCUGCCCCAGCACCAACCCCUGGGACUAAGGCAGCGGCUCCCAGCGGCCCUGCACCCACCACCAGCAUCCGUUUCACCCUCCCGCCGGGCACCUCCACCAACGGCAAGGUCCUGGCCGCCACUGCACCCACUCCUGGCAUCCCUAUCCUGCAGUCUGUACCCUCCGCCCCACCCCCCAAAGCCCAGUCAGUUUCUCCCGUGCAGGCCCCGCCCCCAAGUGGCUCAGCCCAACUGCUCCCUGGGAAGGUCCUAGUGCCCCUGGCCGCCCCGAGCAUGUCAGUGCGGGGUGGCGGGGCUGGCCAGCCACUGCCCCUGGUGAGCCCACCCUUUUCAGUCCCUGUGCAGAACGGCGCCCAGCCGCCCAGCAAGAUCAUCCAGCUAACCCCAGUGUCAGUGAGCACGCCCAGCGGCUUGGGGCCCCCCGUGAGCCCAGCUCCACUUCCUGGGCCCACCUCGCAGCCCCAGAAGGUCCUGCUGCCUUCUUCCACAAGAAUCACCUAUGUGCAGUCGGCGGGUAGCCAUGCGCUGCCUCUGGGCACCAGCUCUGGCUCUAGCCAAGCUGGAGCAGUCACCUCGUACGGGCCCUCGAGCUCUGUGGCUCUGGGCUUCACCUCGCUUGGGCCCAGUGGCCCUGCCUUUGUGCAGCCCCUGCUCUCAGGCCAAGCCCCACUACUGGCUCCUGGCCAGGUGGGCGUGUCACCUGUGCCCAGCCCCCAGCUGCCUCCCGCCUGCACAGCCCCCGGAGGUCCUGUCAUCACAGCAUUUUACCCCGGCAGCCCUGUACCCACCUCCUCAGCACCCCUGGCCCAGCCAUCCCAGGCACCCCCAAGCCUGGUCUACACUGUGGCCACCAGUACCACCCCACCGGCUGCCACCAUUCUGCCCAAGGGCCCGUCAGCUCCCGCCACUGCCACCCCUGCUCCUUCGAGUCCUUUCCCUAGUGCCACAGCAGGUUCCAUGACGUACAGCCUAGUGGCCCCCAAGGCCCAGCGGCCCAGCCCCAAGGCCCCCCAGAAAGUGAAGGCCGCCAUUGCCAGCAUUCCCGUGGGCUCCUUUGAGGCAGGUGCCUCUGGACGGCCUGGCCCUGCACCCCGACAGCCUCUGGAGCCUGGCCCACCCCGUGAACCGACCACACUCGAGUCUGAGCUCGAGGGGCAGCCCACCCAACCAGCCCCUCCACCACCCCCAGAGACCUGGACUCCCACAGCCCGGAGCAGCCCCCCACCCACUGAGGAGCGGCCUGGCACCAAGGGCCCUGAGACCACGGCCAGCAAGUUCCCCAGUUCAUCUUCAGACUGGCGCGUCCCUGGGCAGGGCCUGGAGAGUCGUGGCGAGCCUCCCACCCCGCCCAGCCCCGCCCCUGCCGCAGCCUCCGGGAGCAGCAGUGAAGGAAGCAGUGGGAGGGUAGCUGGGGACACCCCUGAGCGAAAGGAAGUGGCCAGUGCUGGCAAGAAGGUGAAGGUGCGGCCCCCCCCACUCAAGAAGACUUUUGACUCCGUGGACAACAGGGUCCUGUCAGAGGUGGAUUUUGAGGAGCGCUUUGCUGAGCUUCCAGAGUUUCGGCCUGAAGAGGUGCUGCCCUCGCCCACCCUGCAGUCCCUGGCCACCUCACCCCGGGCCAUCCUGGGCUCAUACCGCAAGAAGAGGAAAAACUCCACUGAUCUGGAUUCGGCCCCUGAGGACCCCACCUCGCCCAAGCGCAAGAUGAGAAGACGCUCCAGCUGCAGCUCGGAGCCCAACACCCCCAAGAGUGCCAAGUGUGAGGGGGACAUCUUCACCUUCGACCGCACAGGCACAGAAACCGAAGAUGUGCUUGGGGAGCUGGAGUAUGACAAGGUGCCAUACUCGUCGCUGCGCCGCACCCUGGACCAACGCCGGGCCCUGGUCAUGCAGCUCUUCCAGGACCACGGCUUCUUCCCAUCGGCCCAGGCCACGGCAGCCUUCCAGGCCCGCUAUGCAGACAUCUUCCCCUCCAAGGUCUGUCUACAGCUGAAGAUCCGUGAGGUGCGCCAGAAGAUCAUGCAGGCGGCCACGCCCACAGAGCAGCCUCCUGGGGCUGAGGCCCCCCUCCCUGUCCCGCCCCCUGCUGGCACUGCUGCUGCCCCUGCCCCCACUCCCAGCCCAGCUGGGGGCCCUGACCCCACCUCACCUGGCUCGGACUCGGGCACAGCCCAAGCUGCCCCGCAACUGCCUCCACCCCCAGAGCCAGGGCCUGGACAGCCUGGCUGGGAGGGGCCCCCGCAGUCCUCUCCGCCUCCUUCAGGCCCCUCCACAGCUGCUGCAGGCAGGUGAGGGGCCCUUGAGAAGAUCCCAGGACCCACAGUACCUCCCCCUCAGGACAUGGACAGUACACAGGUGGCAGGAAUGGGGGGGCAGGAUAGUUUGAUCCUCCCCCAAAAAGCCAUUUUGUCCUUUCCAGUUGGGAGUGGAAUGAGGCCUGCACCUCAUGUACAUACCCCAUUCCCCCAGCUCCCACUCUGGGCUGGGGGCAGCUGAGGGGAAGCUGGGGCGCAGCCUCCUCCACUGAGCCCCUCCACAGAACUUGGGGUGUGUGACCUUCAGAGCUUUUCACUUGUACUUUAUGCAAACCAGCUUCUGAGGGCUGCAGGGCUGCAGGGCGGAAGGCAGUGCAGGCCGUGGCCACAGGGAGGCGCCUGUGGAGUAGGGUUCAUGGACCCCUGCUAUCCCCAGAGGGGCUGGACUCAGGUUAGUUUGGGGUGGGGGCUCCUGCACUUUGCCACAGGCAUGGGGAGGGUUCUCUCCCCACUCCCUCUGCCCUCCCAACUUGGGUUGUACUUUCUAAGAAGGUGAUUUCCCCCACCCAUGCCCCAUCCCCUGAACAAAACAUGUUGAUCAUGUGCAAUAUUUCUUACUGUGCCGACAAGCCGCAAUGACCGAGAUUAAAGCUGUUUAACACA